AUGACACAAAUAAAGAGUGUGGAUCCUGUCUCGGAUGGAUGCGCAAGAAUUCAUAAUGAAUUUAUCACAAAACAAAAAACAAAGUUUAGUUAUGACGAUGUCAAAGAUUGUUAUAAACACUUUCCAUUUGAUAAAGAUACAAUCGAUACUCUAACUGGUCUUAUUGGUGGAUUCUAUGUAUUUUUAGACAAAGCUAAAGAGCCGCCACAACUCGGGUUUAACUUUAGACCAAUUGAUGUUGAACAUCUCUUUUAUGAUUUAAAAGAUCAACACACGCAAUUUGGUUCAUAUUGCUUCUUGACAUUUUUUUUUUAUACCAAUAUGACAUUUUAUUCUGUUGUUCACAAUGGAGAACAGAAAAUUAAAGUCUUUGAUGACACUAUUGACCGAUCUAAUAUAAAUUGCGAAGUUACUCAUAUUGAUGGCCAACAAGCAUUAAAAGUAAUUUCUGAAUUUGCCAAAGAUUCAGUUUUUGCGUCAAGAGAUCUUGGUGUACGAUUUAAUAUAGCACUUGAUCUUAUCGCUAGGUUUCCAUCUUUUGCAUUACGAUCUGAAAUACCAAAGAAUUCAAAAAUCACUUACACACUCAAAUGUGAUAAUAAAAAUGAAUUUGAUGUUAAAAGAAGCUGGAAUGCUUUUAGUAAUCCUACACUAUUAAAUAAAUUUAAUGAUUCAAAAUCUUAUUUUGAUAAUAUUUGUAAUCCUACCAAAGGAAAUGAACUGCCUAUACCUUUUAGGUCCAUGCUUAGAGAAGUUGCAAAAGAAUUUAAUGACUUUAAUAGAAUAUUAAAUCCACAAGACCAGAGCGUAAUCAUAAUAAAGAAUAUUGAUAAUUUUGUCAGCUUUUUUAAAAUUAAUGAUUUUGGUGUUGUUAAAAUAUUUACCGAAGAUCCUGCUAAAGAAUUUGAAACUAUAGCUAUUCUUCCGGAUGUAAUUCAAGGGUUUAAAGAACUAGCAAAUACAGGUGUUAAAAAGGUUGUUCUUGACUUAUCUGACAAUGUCGGUGGAUAUCGAUCCAUCGCCAGUUUUUUCAAUUUACUGUUAUUUCCUAACACUUAUCCUUCCUUUGACCAUGAUAUCCGACUUUCUGAGCAAAUGAGGCUUGCAAUUGCUGAACAAUAUAGACUUGCAACCCUAGAUAAUAUUUUCCGUACAAAUGGGUAUGUUAAUGCAAAAAACCAUGCUAAUUUUACAAGUGUUGACGACUUUUUUGGUAAUAAUGUUUAUAAACGUGGUGGCAUUAAAGAGAAUUAUUCAAAUAGAUUUAUUAAUGACACUUUGUUUAAUGAGAUGAGUCAAAUUAUUCAAAAAAUUUUAGUUAAUCCACUUCCUUGGAAACCUGAUGAUUACAUUAUUUUAACUGAUGGUUUAUGUGGUUCUUCAUGUGCACUUAUUACUGAACAUGCUGCUGAGGUUAAUGAUGUGUCUACCGUUGCUAUUGGUGGACUUGCAUCAAAUAGUUUAUUAUCUUAUUCUACAUAUACUGGUGGUAUGGUUGCUAAUUCAACUCAAACAUUUAAUUCCUUUGGUAAAUUGGGAUUAUUAAAUAAUACUUUAAUGCCUAAACUUUUCCCUUUGACUGGAAUGGCUGUCUCUUUUACUAUGGACGAGGUAUAUAGCAAAAUAGAUCCAGAUGAAAUAUUGGAAUUUGCAUUUAGGCCUGCAGAUUUUAGAUUAUUUUAUGAUGAAAAAAAUAUUAGAAAUAUUUCUAUUUUAUGGUCUCAAGCUGCUGCUUUAAUUGGUUUGAAAAA